AUGUCGGAACGCAAAGUCCUCACAAAGUACUACCCCCCCGACUUCGACCCGUCCGCCAUCACACGCACCCCGAAACAUCUCCGCCAGCAAGGCCCCAAAGUAAUCACGGUGCGCCUGAUGGCGCCCUUCUCGAUGAAAUGCACCCAAUGCGGCGAAUACAUCUACCGCGGCCGAAAAUUCAACGCGCGCAAAGAAACCACCGAGGAAAAGUACUUCUCGAUCCCGAUCUACCGGUUCUACAUCCGGUGUACGCGAUGCAGCGGGGAAAUCACCUUUGUAACGGACCCCAAGAAUAUGGAUUACAAGGCCGAGAAGGGCGCGAAGCGGAAUUUCGAGCCGUGGCGGGACUCGACGGCCGCGAGUAACCAGGAGGAAACGGAGCAGGAGAUCUUGGAUCGCUUGGAGCGGGAGGAGAAUGAGGAGGCGGAGCAGAUGGAGCGGGAUAAGAUGGCCGAGUUGGAGGAGAAGAUGCUGGAUUCGAAGCGCGAGAUGGCGAUUGCCGAUGCCUUGGAUGAGAUCCGGACCCGGAAUGCGAGGAUUGAGCGGAACGAGGCGGCCAUGGUGCGCGUGGAGCAGGUGGAUGAUGACGCCCUGAAGGCGAAGAAGGAGGAAGAGGAGGAGGAAGAAGACAAUAAGAUCGCGCAGAGGGCGUUCAUGACGGAUACGGGGGAGAAGGUGAAAAGGUUAGUCGAGGAGGAGGAGGAGGAGGAGCAGGCCGCCACAGCGCCAGUGCCUUCUUUUGCACGGGUCAAGAAAGCGAAGAAGCCGUUGGCGAACAGCCUAGGCAUCAAGAAGAAAGUCAAGCCAUCCUUGGUGUAA